AGCAUCUCGUACAUGGACAUAGAAUAUAGUUACAACUGUUCUCUCGACUCCCUCAAGAUUUAUGACGUGAAACCUAACGGGAAUACGCAGCUAGCAAUGUUUUGUAACGGAAAAGACACUAGCAAACAUAUUGUAGCCACCACUUCAAAUUCUAUGUUAGUUGUUUUUAAAACAGAUCAUUCUGUUCAAGGCAGAGGCUUCAGUGGAUACUAUCGAAGUUUCGGUAAGCUUAGAUAUCUGGUGGGAUCUUGUUAAUUGUUCUUACAAUAAAUAUUUUGUCUUUAAGAAAAAAAGUUGCUCUGUUCUCUAACGUCAUUAAAUAAAAAAUUUAAGAAUUAUUAUUUUGUUUUAACUGCUAAAUAAACAUAAAUUGCAUAAGAAUAAAUCUGAAUUUUGACUAUUAACAAAAUAUUUUUCUUUAAAAAAAUACUUAAAUUACAUAUUACAUUUCAGACAAAGUCAGCAACCUCAAGCUAACACGAUCAACUUUCCUCAUAAUAUAAGUAUUUCUGUCUCAUUUAACUAAAACAAAGCUCGUCUGUCUUUAGCUUACAACGCAACAAUAACAGAACCAAGACGAGGCUACAUCGCUAGUCCAGGUUAUCCACUGAAGUACCCGGCGAAUUCCUACUUCUCCUGGACCAUCACAGGAACACCGGGUAGUUUUAUUUCCUUGAUGUAAAUACUUUCACUUUCAUAUCCAUAACAAUGCGCAUUAUAAAUUGAACAAUCAUGUGCCGAGAUGUGCGUAAAGUCAGUAAACGCUUUGAAAUGUGUUGUGAUUAAAAUAUAUAUAGAUUUAUAAUUUUUAUUAUUUUUUUAUGGCUGCAUGCAUUGAUUUAAAAAAAAUAAAAGAAUUUCCACUUGAAAAUAAUGAAAUAAGCAAGAACAUAAGAAAUAAAUUUCAUAAGAGCAUCUUUAUGACUAUUUACUAUUCUAUAAAACCAAGAUAACACGCUUAAACAUAAGGAAUGCGCGUAAAACAAAUGAUCAAAUGAGUAAAAUAAAAUAUAUUGGAUAUAUUUUAUAUUAUAAUUAUCUUGUUUUCCCAGAGCUACUUCCAUUUUACUAUCACUGAGUAAAGGCCCUUGUUUUUUCGUGACAUAAUUCAGUAGUUCCUCCACAUUCUUUUCAAGUUUCCAUUUCUCACAUUUUUAUUUCUUCACAUUUGAAGAAAGUGGAGAAUGAAUUUUAGGUUUAUCAUAAUUUCUCUCACUUUGAUCUACAAUCAUACAAUAUUUAGUGUUACUAAUGUUUGCACAACAUUAAAACAAAAGCUAAAACAACUACACAGCUUCAUUCCUAGGUCUUUACAGACAAAUCACAAACAAAACAACAUGACUACUGGGUACAAGAAACUGGACAUUUAAUUCAAUAAUAAUAAAAAUGGAAGCUACCAUGACGAUACAAAAAAAUAUAUAUGUUCUGACAAUGAUCCAUCGUGUUGACCUUCUAAACCAUGAGAAAAAUAAUAAUUUGUGGACAUAACCCACAUACCUCAAACACGUCACAACCCUCACACCUCAUAUAACUCACUGACAUCACAUAUUUCACAUACCUUAAACGCACCUUACUUACCACAUACUUAACAGAUUUCUCACCUCACGUAACUGACAUACCCCACACUACUGACAUACUUCACACCUCACGUACCUCAAAUAAUUCUCGCCUCACAUACAUCACACCUCACAUGUCUCACCUACGUCACACCUUACAUACCUAACACAUCACACACCUCACAUACCUCACACCUCACAUGCCUCAUAUCCCUCAUAACUGUUUGCAAUCGAUACAUAUUGCAAGCCCAGUACACACAUUUUUACAUAUUUAUUUUAGAUCAGAAUUCAUUCGAUCAUUUCAUCGCCAGGUGUCAAUUCCAGAACAUUCGGUUAUUUUAACAUAAACUAUAUUUAAGUAGUAUGUGAUUUGUUCAAAGUAUUACAUUCAGGAACAAUGCUCUAUUUAAAGUAGUCCACUUGUUUAAAUUAGAAAACAAAAUAAACAUGUUUAGAAGCCAGAAGACUUUAUGUAGUUAAGUUAAGAAACCAAAAGAUUCUUUAUGUAGUUAAGAAUAAAAACCAGAAGAGACUUAAAGUUAUUAAAUUUAAAGAACACGAAAAAUUAAAUUUGCAUUAUUUGAAAAAAAAAUCCUAUCUUUUUACCCAUACUAAAAACAAUAAUGCCACUAGUGGUGUACAUAUUUAUUGUGUAUUAAAAUAUAAUCUUAAUGUCUUUGGUGCAAGUACCGUUAUUAUUCUAAUUCUUUGGGCCUACUAUGUAUUACCUAAGUGAACUUGUAUAUUCAAGGUAGAAAUCGUUAAAAUGGCCAUCUUUAAAAAAAGUCCUCAAUAUUUAAAAUAAAAGUGUGUAUUUUGUCUAAAGGUUUGUAUUUUUUUUCCUUACAGUAUUUUGAACUUAUCAAUUGAAAACACUUUCGAACACAUCAAUAUAUAUGAUGGAGACAAUAUAAAUACAAGAACUCUAGCUCAUAUGGACUCAAACAGUGUUUCUCAGCCAGUUUUCAUGUCUACAGGCAGCUCAUUGCACAUAGUCUUUAGAUCUGAUUCUUCAUAUGAGUACUCAGGAUUGUUGGCAAGCUACGAAAUAAAUGGUACAAAUUCGUCUCACCCCCCCCCUCCCACAUUUCAACUACUGUUUUAUUUACUUUAGGAUUUACUUGAAAAUAAUUUACUGUUUUUUUUCCAGGAUAUUUAAAAUAAAGUCAAAUAUCAAAAUAAAUGUACAUAUUUAUUGGCUUAUCAUUUCAUCCAAUUUUAACAGAAAAUCAACUGAGUUAGCAACCUUUUAAAAACAUACAUAUUCAUUUUGUAAAAUAAUAAUGAGUAUUGAUUACUUAUAAUUAUCAUUACUGUAGUUAAAAGCUGAUGGAUGGAUACAAAUGCAAUUGGUUACUGGAAAAUAUGUAUCAAAAUUAUUUUUUUGGCUUGAGAUAAAUAUUUUUUGCAAAAUUUUGUGUAUUUACAAGUAUUUUUUAAUAAAAAAAGUUAUAUGAAUUACAUUUGAAUUGCUCAUUACAAUUUACAGAAUGUCAAACAAUUUUGACUGGUACAUCUGGUGACAUCGUGAGUCCAGGAUACCCUCUCAACUAUGUUGAAAAUCUCAGCUGCAGUUGGACAGUCAUUACUGAUCCCAAUACCAUUAUAUUUCUAAGGUUUGAUUACAUUUAAAACAAGGUCUCAAAUCCCCUGAAAUACUGUUAAACAGAAGGACUGCAACAAAGAAAAGAUAACACUAUAAGGCGUAUUAUUAUAUUUUACUAAUGUCUUAAUAAUUUAUUUUGAGAGGUCUAUUUUCUCCUUAAGGAGUUUUCCUUUUUAGGCAUGUCUCAAUUAGUAAACUAAAACUUGAGGUCUGUGUUUCACUUAAAUAUAUAUAACAAGAGUGAGCAAUGCUGACGUAACACUAGAGAAUCGACAAUUAUUUAAAUACGUUCGGAUCCUUAAAAACAACCGUAGUUAUUUUCUUCUAUUUUACGGAAAUCGAAUUAAUUGAAAUGUGCAAAAAAUAACAUAAAUAAGCGUUUAUUUUAGUAAAAGUUUAAGUAUUAUAUAUUAUUAAAAAUUACUAAUUAUUUGAAAGUAACAACCAAGGAACAAUUUUAAGCAGUUUUUUUCUGAAUUUAAAAGUUACGAAAAAAAUAAUAAUACAAUUAUAAUCUGAGAAUCACAUCGAAAUCAGAUUUAUCGGGAAAACUCAAACAUCAAUUGUUUUUAUUGCGUUUUAAGGGCUUUCUUAAUAUUGGGAAAUAAAAUUAAAAUUAAUUUCUUCUUAAUAAACAUGAGAAUCUCCAAUUUUAGCCAAAACUGUUAAGUUUCUUUGAUUUAAUAACCACGAGUUAUAAAAUUGAUAUAGAUUUUACCCCUUUUUAAAAUUGAAAAUAAUAAAUAUAAUUAAUUGCUCUUUAAAUUGUUAAUUUAACACACACACAUUUUUGUUUUGCAUUUUUAAAAUUUAAUAAGUUUUUCUUUUUUAAUUCCAAAAAUAUACUUUUAUUGAAUUUAUAACGUAAUAAAAACUUACCCUUAAAUAUACUUCCAAAAAGAUAAUGCUGUUUAUAAAAUCAGUGCAGCGUGACUCAAUAGCCAACAACAUUACCUACUCCACUUAUAACUCAUUCAAAUAAAAAAAAAAAAAUUCGAAAGGCAAAACACAUUAGUUUGGGUAUGGAAGGGAGUGCAAUCCUUUGGAAGAUUUUAAUAGUUUUAUUUAAAUCUGGUUGUGGGGAGGGGUUGGUCAUUUUUCCCCAGGCAGCAAAAGAUACGUCUCAAAAUAAAGGAAUGAAUUUGAUUAAUAAUUAAACUACUUAUUAGAUGCAUGUCGGGGGUAGGAAAUAAGAUGUGUAUAUUUUUACGUGGAUGAAUUUAUAUUUAAAUAUAUGGUGUUACAUUUGUGGAAAAAAAGAGAUGUAACAUUCUUUUUUAAAAAACAUGCGUAUGUUCAUUUUGUCCAAGACAGAUGCGCCUCGAAAUAAAGGAGUGAAUUUGAUAAAUAAUUAACCUUCUUGGGUAGAUGCAUGUCGGAGGUAUGAAAUAGGAUUUGUAUAUUUUUACGUGGAUCACAAAAUAUUUAUAUCUUGUGGUAUUACAUUUGUGGAAAAGGAGAUAUUACAUUCUCUUGUUACAAAUAAACAUAGCUUUACAAAAGAAGCAAAUCAAUGACGUUAACAAAUCGUUUGUACAUUGAUAUAAGUAUACCCUUGAAUAUCAAAACCCAAUCAUUUUGCACACUUGAAAAUUAAUUUUGAAAAACGGAGAUGGGUUAAUAAGUUCUUUCAAAAAAAAAAAAAUGUAUUUUUUGUUUUUACAUUGCAAAGCGUAAAGAGGUGUGUAUAUUUAUGCGAUUAAAAAUAAUUUCAAUUUGUAUGCACUCAAUUCUGUUAUAAACUUGAAAGUCAUUUUUGCGCGAAUCUUCUUUAGAUAAAAUAAUGCUUUGUUUUCUGAUAAUGUAUAAUUUUAAAAAAAAACAUGGCAAAAGUGUGUUUACAUUUUUGAUGAAGAUAUCAAUAUAUAAAAUUCAUUUAAUGUUAAAUAUAUCAUAUUAUUAUGCUUUUCAACACUUUUACAGAAAACAAAAUAGUAAAACAAGGGCGUGAAUAGGGGUAAAUUUAAAGUAUUUCUCUAACGUAGAAAUCGUCCCUCAAUUAACUUCUUUAGUGACAAAAGUUAUAUAACUAGUGAUAAUUUAGACUGGAAAAUUUAAGAUUAUGUUAAGAUUGAAAAAAAGUAAUCUAGGGGCGUGAAAGGGAGUAGGGUGAAGAUAUAAUAUUUAGUUGAUAUAUAUUUCUUAAAACUUAAUUAUGUUAGAAACGAAAAUAUCAUUACACAGACGCUUCUUUUUAAAGUUGGGAAUGGUGAUGGGUUUUUGCAAUAGCAGGUAGAAAUGAUCCCAAUGGAUCUACUAAUAAAACCCCGAUAACAUCGCUUCAUUUAUUCUAGUUUAUUAUAAUAAGCUUAAUAUAUGUUUUUAAAUUCCUAUCAUUCAAAUGAAAUUUCCUAUUUAAAUUCAUAAUCAUCCUAAAAAAAAAAAUCUGUGUAACAAUUUUAGAAUAUUUGGUAAUCUGACAUGAUAUAAGCUAGAUAAUCAUUCUAGAAUAUAUAUUACAAUUGACAUAAUAUAAGGUGUGCACCCAUUUGGAAUGAUUUGAUACUGGCAUGGUAUUAACUAGGGGACUUUUCUAGAUUAUUUUAAACUUGAUUUGAUACCACAUUCUAGAAUAUUUUUAAGUUGACAUUAUAUACGAUAAGGAUUUAUUCUAAAAUAUUUUACAUUUUGCAUAGUAUAAGUUAAGCACUCAUUCUGGAACGAUUUAAGUUGACAUGAUAUUAGCUAGGGACUCAUUCUAAAAUAAUCAAAACUUUGCAAUAUCAGCUAUGAAGACGCUCUAUAAUAUUUUUUAAACUUAACAUGAUAUUAACCAGGGUUUUAUUUUAGAAUAUUUGUUAAGGUUCCUAAUUAAACAUUUGAACAUAUUCUUACGUUUUCCAGAAUAAAGGACAUUUACUUGAACGGCCAACUUGAUUGCACAUUUGACCACCUAGAAAUAUAUGAUGGAAGAGAUAUAAAUUCUCCACUCCUUGGCACGUUUUGCUAUCCAAUGUCAACAGCUACACUAGUUUCAACAUCGAACACCCUACACAUCGUGAUGAAAACGGACGGAAGUCGCAAUUACAAAGGUUUUAGAGCAACCUACAAUAGUGUUGGUAAUGACAUCAUCUUAAUUUGUAUUUAUUUUUUUUUUUUAAAUUGAUAUGUACCAACAAUAAAAUACAAACUUUUGGUUCCAGUAAUAGUUUUACAAAAGGUUUUUGAAAUGGAAAGGUUAAAAUAUAGGAGCUAAUAGAUAUGAAAUUUCGCUAAACAAAUUACGAUUGUGUUAAGCAAUUUCUUAUGAUGAACUGACAUUUUUAGUACAAGUUUCAUAAUUUAAGAAUACAUGGAGUUAAAAUAUCGCUUCUUAGAGAAAAUCGGUCAAAGGUCUUAAAAAUAAGUAUUUGAAAAAAACGUAUGGUUUGGUUAACUUAUCUUUUUUUUUUUAUAUUUUAAAAUAUGUUUUUAAAACUUCUUUUACUUCCUUGAGAUUAACGAAAAGUUAAGGCCUCAGAUGAACCUGAGAAGUUUUGGCUAUUUUUCAGAUACAUUAAUUUUUAUGUUUAACAGUUUUUUUUCAAGUACCAGGAACUAAAUUAAACAGUACGCGGUACACAUGGAGUUACUAUCUUCUGACUUCACGUCUCUAAAUUGAAGUACCUUAUGUGCCGAAAUGAACAGUACGGAAAUUCAUUUGACAUAGAACCUUUCCUAAAGGUGUAAUUACCUAACAAUAGACGGCAUAAAUUUGUUACUAGGUGCCAUACUAUUAAAACCUAUCUUCCUUUCCAGUAAUAGGAACACUAUGCUGCUUGAGAUAGACACCGUUUAAAAAAAACAAAACAAAAUAGAAACGCCCAAGGUUGUUUCAUCACUGCUAGUUUCGUCACUUACUUUAUUUGAAACAAAUAUGUUAUGUAACACGUGUCUUGUUUUCUUUCUUUAUUUCAAAUACAUUCUUGACAUUAAAAUUACCACAAUUAACAAAAAAAAAAAAAAAACUUCUAGACUGGGACGCUGAGGUCCUCAAAACGAUCAAGUUAAUUUUAAACAAAUAUGUUAUGUAACACGUGUUUUUUUUUCUUUCUUUAUUUCAAAUACAUUCUUGAAAUUAAAAAUACCACAAUUAAAAAAAAAAAAAAAAAAAAACUUCUAGACUGGGACGCUGAGGUCCUCAAAACGAUCAAGUUAAUUUUUAUUUUGUAUUCACGAUGUGUGUGGUUAUAUUUCUUCUCAUUUUCCAUCUGACUAAAGACCUCCCGCUUGCCGCUGUGUGUAACAGCUCCAGCACGUGCGUCCAACAUCCUGUUUCUUUACUUGCAAGCUGUGUGUGUCCAGAUAACUAUUACUACAACAGCUCGACACAAACGUGUUCUGAAGGUAAUACAAAAAACAAGUGUUGAUACAAAGUGUAUGGGAAAUAAAGCUAAAUAUAUGAUUAAACUCAGGCAAAUAAUAGACGUCUGGUUUUACAAUAUUUGCACAGCUUUGAUGCAUUGAUUAUAUGAUUUUUGGAUGAUUCUUGAUGAAUAUGAAUGUUGUAUGAGCACAUCAAUGUAAUUAUAUGUACUCGUUGAAAAAAAUGAAUAUUUGAUAUGAAAUGAAGUGUCUGAAGUUACAGAGAAACUUCCGUGUACUUGACUGUUGUCAUGUUAUUAUGUUAUACGGAAAUAUACCCAUUGGUCGUAAUCCUGCAUCGUUAUCUGGAGAAUUCUGUGAAUAAAGUUGAUUUCCUCAAAAAAAUAAAAUUGCACACGUGGACAUUUUUUAUGAUCGUUAGCGAGAUCUCGGGCUCCAAGACAAAAUCGAAUCGUUUUGUUGUUUAAUUUCAUGUUGCAUUUUAAAAUUAAUUUUCUUUAAAUCUUACAUUUUCAUUGUGAAGCUUUGGGCGAAACAAGCGUUUGUGACACUCGAGUACCAAGAAUGUGCAGGAGGGAGCCGCAUCUUGAGUGUCGACCUGACACGAUGGGUGUCACUAGGUGCCUCUGUACUUCAGGGUCGUUAUACAAUGGGACCCAUUGUUUACCAUGUGGGUAUUUAAAAUUUAAAAAAAAAAAUGUCUUGAGUUUUAGCCUACUCUCCAUAGAACAACAAGGAAAAAAAUAACUUAAAUUUAAUUUGAGAUAGUUUCUUUUCAUUAAUUUUUUGUAGAUUGUUAUAUAAAUAUAAAUCAGUGAAAAUACACAUAAAAACAAUUUGCAAAUAAAUUUCUAACUUAAAAAUAAACAAUAUUAACAUACAAGUUGGAACUGUAAUACAUACUUGUCCGUAUAAAACUUUAAUCUGCAUUUGUUGUUUAUCGGAGGUACUUGUGAUUUGAAAUAAUCUUUAUUACAUACAAUGCUUUUUUUCCAGAUUCAAUACUGAGAGUAGUGCUGACCAGCUCUCCUCAAAUCCAAACAAGAGAGGUGGCAUUGAACUGGGCCAUUGGUACACAAGCUCAACCUGUUACUUAUAACAUAACUUGGGUAGCCACUGAAGACGGCGGCGAUGGUGGUGAAAUUGUAGCUGGUCCCAGUGGUGUCCAUGUUCAGGGACUGACGCCAGGAACAGAGUAUAAUUUUACUGUAGUAUCUAUAAUACAAGGGUUAGAUUACUACAAAGACAUCAUUGUUACUACAAAUUUUACAGUGGAAACAAGUACGUUUUUAAGGCAUUUAAUUAUUAUUUGUUUUACAUUAUGAUAAAUUACCAAUAAUCUAUACGCAUUAUAGAUAGCCACUAUGAAUUAAAUGUGUUGUUCUCUUUCACACAAGUAUAUGUAAUGUAUAUUUUUAAAAGUCGUUUUUUUUUUUCGAAGCAAUGGUUUAAGUAUGACAACAUCAAGUUUAGUGUUAGACAGAUUGUGUAGUUUUUCGGAUCACUUGUAGCAGUGUGUUGAUCUCGGUAGACUACUUAUAAUUUAUUUUAAAAUCGAUACAAUUUAAUACAAGGAAUUCAUAAGAUACUUCAUGUGACAGGGCGAGCAAGGCACACUUUAGGCUUUCCAAUGAUUCUAUGCCACACCUUACUUUUUUCCAAUGAUGUAAUGGCACACCUUACUUUUUCCAAAGAUGUAAUGGCACACCUUACCUUUUUCCAAUGAUGUAAUAACACACCUUACUUUUUCCAAAGAUGUAAUGGCACACCUGACUUUUUUCCAAUGAUGUAAUGGCACAUCUUUGUUUUUUCCAAUGAUGUAGUGGCACACUUUAGGCUUUUAAAAUGAUAUAAUGGCACACCACACAUAAAAACAGAACAAACUAUUUGUAAACAGAACUCAUACACGAGUUAAAGAUGAGUCGGUAGAAAUAUUUUGUAACAUUCAUAAUUAUUUGUAUUGUUUAGAAAAAUCAGUUUUUACUAAGUUGCAUUUCUGCGUUAUUUUGAAGUGAUUCCACCUAAAUUAUGGACAGCUUGCCUCAAUCUUUGUGGGAUAUUAAUUGACAAUAUAAGAAAUUCAUUUAAGGAAAAUUUAAGACAUUAUUCUUUAAAAGGAUUUUAGGAGAUUAGAGCCCUGGGAGCAUUCUAAAAUAGUACACAAUUGCUGUAAAGGUAUUCAAUAAUCAUCAUUAUCAUAACAUUAAUUGUAUAUCUUGGACAAUGUUUAGUUGCAGCUGUGGAAUGUCCGAUUUAGUUCCUUGGAACAGUUCUUUAACCUUAUGAUCAUUUAGCCUUAAUUAUGUGUAUGAUGUUGAUACAUUCUUUCAUAGUUUGUAAUAGCUUUUCUCAAAAAUAAUUAGUUUUCAUAGAGCGAUGUGACUCUAAGACGUUCAAAUAGCCUGUGGUAUUUUAAACGACUGUCAUUUUAGUCUGUGGCAUUUGACUAGUCUUGGAAAUAUGACUAGUAUGUGGUCUUUGACUAGACUGUGGUAUUUUACUCGUCUGUUGUAUUUGACUAGUCUGUGGUAUUUUACUAGACUGUGGUAUUUGACUAGUCUGUGGUAUUUGACUAGACUGUGGUAUUUGACAAGACUGUGGUCUUUGACUAGACUGUGGUAUUUUACUCGUCUGUUGUAUUUGACUAGUCUGUGGUAUUUGACUAGUAUGUGGUAUUUGACUAGUCUGUGGUAUUUGACUAGACUGUGGUAUUUGACUAGUCUGUGGUAUUUGACUAGACUGUGGUAUUUGACUAGUCUGUGGUAUUUGACUAGACUGUGGUAUUUGACUAGACUGUGGUAUUUGACUAGUCUGUGGUAUUUGACUAGACUGUGGUAUUUGACUAGACUGUGGUAUUUUACUGCGCUACCAGUUUCAAAAUUAGAGCAUAAUGAACUUUUGUAAUCCAUGCUUAAAUCAUUAACUCUAGCUUGAUUAUUUUGCAGUUUUCCGUUCCACUGAAAUUAAAAAUAUCGACACUUUGUAUAUAACAAAUAACACUAUUAUAAACAACUUCAUAUAAACUUCCCCCCAGUGCCAGCCCCACCAGGUAAACUCAACGAAAGUUCCAGCAACUUACACAGCAUUCCUUACGUGCUGAGAUUUGAGCCUUCUGAAGGGAGGGUAGCACGGUACAGCAUAACUGUUGGUGGCAAGUCUUACGAGAUGUUCAACCCAGAGCUGACCGUCAACGAUUUAAAGCCUGAUACACAAUACAACUACACCAUAACUGCUUACAAUAAACGUGGACUGGGCAGUGAUGACGUCACAGGAAGAUUUAAAACUGAACCAGGUGAAAAUUAAUUAAUAAAUUCAUAAAUAUUAAAUAGUAAAUGAUGCAAUUAAUGUCAUUAAGAGAAAGACACAAAAGGGGCAACAAUAAAGGUCAUUAAGAGAAAGAAACACAAAGGGAAAUAAUUAGUCUCAUUUAGCGUAAGAAACAAAAGUGGUCAUAAUUAUAGUCAUUAAGAAAAAGAAACAAAAGGGGCAACAAUAGAGGUCGCUUAGAGAAAUAAACAAAACAAUUGGAGCUACUAUUAAGUGGACGUUUAGUUUAUUUCUUGGAUAUGCUGAACUGGCUUUUGUCUUGACCUUUGCUAUAACUCUAAAUUAAUUUUUAAAGUGAAAGCUCCAAAGUAAGUGGGGGUUGGGGGGUGGGGAGUCGGACAUUAAAUCGACUUAUAAACAUGAACACUUUUAUAUCUCAACAUAUUUCUAUUUCAACUGAAUAAAACUAUUGAAGCCUUUUUUUAUACGUUUUUAAAAAUUAAUUGUGACUGUUAGAAUUUUAAUAUUUGUUUGGUGAAAAAUUGUCUUUCUAUUUUUCCAAAAAAAAUUUGCUUUCAUUAAAUAUUAAAUAAUAUUGCAAUUUUAAAUCUUUAAACACAAUUUGAUGUUAGCCUAUUUUUAAAUCUUAAUUUUUCUCGUUACCACAUUAACGUCCAUUCCAUUUUAGUGGCUACAGUUAAGCAAGACGAAGAGUCACUAAACGUUCCUCUGAUAGCUGGAGUCACUGCUGCCGCCGUGCUUGCCGUAGUCAUUGUUGUUGCCGUUGUCGUGACGCUGGUUGUCAGAAAGAGAAGAGGAAACAGGUCAGUCCCUAACAAAAAUAUAUUGUUUUUUAUUGUUAUUUUCCAUUUAAUAUAGUGGUGGUAUUUUAUGAUCUAAUGUAUUUAUUUGAGACUCAGUACCAAGCACACACCAGAACUCGUGAUGCACACUAAGUUUAAACCACAACUCUUAGUGUAAACUAAGUAAUAACAACUCGUGCUGUACACUAAGUUCAAACAAUAACUCAUAAAAUACAUUAAGCACAAAACCACAACUAAUGAUGUACGCUAAAGUAAAAAUCACAACACCUCAUGACGUACACUAAGUAAAAAGACACAACAACUCAUGAUGUACACUAAGUUAAAAUCACCACAACUCAUGAUGUACGCUAACCAAAAAACCACAAGUCAUGAUGUACACAAAGCUAAAAAACACAACUAACGAUGUACACCAAGUACAAAACCACAAUUCAAGAUGUACACUAAUUACAAAACCACAACUAACUAUGUACACUAAUCACAAAACAACACCUCACUAUGUACACUAAGUGUUAUCUGUAGGAAAGAAAAAAAGAUAUAUCAUUACAGUAAUUGAUAAGUUGUUUAAAACAUCCAGAACUUAACUCGCUGCUACUAUCAUGAUUUAAUUCGAGAGGUGUUCCAUUUUUUCCAAGCAAACCUCCUGCCAGUGAGACUAUUGAGAACAUUGAUCACAACGAGAUCGUAUGUGGUUCACCAACAGCCCCCACACCAUCAACUAGAGCUGUGAUGAAUAGAUAUAUGACCAUGAACAUUGGUGGUCUCCGUGCUAACGAUGAGACAGACGAAAUGGGUGAGUACAACGCAUACCAAAAGUAUAAAUGUAACAUAUAUCACUUAUAUUUAUAUAUAUAUAUAUAACAUAAAUAUAUAACUGACCGGCAGGUAUGUAUAACACACACAUUAGGUGUGUCUCUAACAGACCUUGUUAUGAUGGUAUUUUUGUAAUUAUUUUCCAUGUUUAAUUUUUGUUCCCAGAUGGAAGAGAGUACGAUUACGUCACCGAGUCACAGAUUGAUUCAUGGCACGAUGUAACCUAUCAGAACAUACAACCAACAAACGAUGCUGGGAACUUGGAUACACAGGAUUUAGAAAACGUCUAUAAUAAUGAUCGUAACCUCAACGAACAAUAUGUAGAAAACGUGUACAACAAUGUUGCCUAUGUGUCGAGUUAAGCAUCAUCGGGAGGUUAAAAAAAAAUGAUGAAGAGUCAACAUUUUUAUGGAAACUAAAGACGUUUUCCUAAUAUUCCUUACAUAGAUGCAUGCCUUAAAAUAAAAGGUCAACAUGCCAAUAUUAAUUGAAAUUCUGCUAUGAUAUGACCGAAAAAUCAGUUGUUUGUCAAUACAAUCGUAUACAUAUCCAUGUAGCUCAACUUUAAAUUAUGUUACAGAUUUGAACUUGGAUGGGGUUUGAUUUUAACAUAGCCAUUGUCUUUCUGUAAAUGGCACGCUGCCUAGAAUUAGUUUUUAGUAGAUGUAAAUAGUAGAUGCUACAUGAUUAAACUUCUUCGAUAAACACAUUUCAUGGGGAGGAAAUAGAGUGUGUACAUUUUAUAAUACAUGGAUGACGCUAUCUUUAAAUGAAAUUAAAUUCAAUAUAAAAAUAACACUCAACCCUGAUGCAGAUACAAACAUUCGUUUAGAGAUUCUUCUUUAGAUAAAAUAAUCCUGUCCUUUGCGAUUUUCCGAUACUACAGUAGAAAAGCGAGGGAAAAAUUAGGUUACAUUUUUAAUUACCAUACAAAUAUAUCAAUUUCUGUUAAACAUAACCGAUAUUACAAUUAAGAAACAGCUUUUUGUUGUAAAUGUAAAUAUAUUAUGUGUUUACAAAUUUUUAACGAAAAAAAUUGUAGUUUAGGGGCAUGAAAAGGGGUAAGGUGAGCCUAUUAUAUAUAGUAGCUAAAGGUGUAUCAAAAUUUUAUGAUUUUUAGAAAUAUAAACAUCAUUACUAUGUAAAUAAAAUAUAUACCAAUUUAAAAAAAAAUAAUAUACGAAUUCAGAUGAACUAUUUUCUAUUGCUUUUUGUAUGUGUACGCAUAGAUAUAUAUAUAAGGGUGGUCUAAACUGAGGAAACCUCAAAUUGGUAGUGUUGAGUUCAAUUCCAGCCAAAGGCCAGUCAAGCAAAGGCCGGGUGGAUGGGACUCGUUAACCUUGUUAACUCAUAUGAAUUCAAACCCGGAGCUGGAGUCCCGUAGAGCGCAUACAAUGACAAGAGAGAGAGUGCGUGAGGUUGACGCCGCGCAACUCUGAAUCACUUUCAACAAAAGUCACCCGCGCAAAUCAUCAGGACUGAUGGUCAUCGUCGAUCUUCGACGAACGAACAAUAAUAUACGUGCACAUUGAAUUGUUGGGCUUUGAGAGUUUGCUAAAGGAGGUCGAAAGUAUUGCAAAAGGCCUACCAUUAUUAUACAGGUAACUCCGCGUUUUAUUCUAGUAUAUAAGAAUUUCAAUCACAGGAUGCCUUUAAAUAUGUGUUUAACUGCCAAGAAAAGUAAAAAUCAACACUAAAUGGAUUUCUUAAAAACAACGUUAGAAUUUUUUUUUAAAAAGUCAAUAUCUAAUCAAUUUAAAUGUGACCUUACUAUAUAAGUUAUCUUUAGAAUUUAUGUAUUAAUAUUCUGAAUAAG